AUGGAGGAUGGAGGACAGGAGUCUGAAACCAGACCUAGACGAAGGGACAGCUACCUAGACAGGUCAGAGGUCAACAACUGUGUCAAGUAUAUUCUCUUCUUCACAAACUUAAUUCUUUUUUUGACAGCCGGUGUAUCUCUGGGAAUCGGGAUAUGGAUACAGAUACUGAAGGGCAAGGUUGUCGUACAUUUAGUGGACUUCUUGUUUGAUCCUUCCAUUAUGGUCAUGUGUGUGGGAGGUGCCGUCACGUGCUUGGUCUCCUUUUUUGGCUGCUUUGGCUCACUCAGGGAAAAUGUCAUCCUUCUCACCAUAUAUCAUACCCUUGUCAGCUUACUGUUGUUGGUGGAAGUAGCUCUUGUGGUCUUCGUCUUCGUCUUCUAUUUCUCACCGGAAACACUCGACAAACUCAAUAUCGUACCGGAAGACACAUUACGGGAUGCUAUAGUAAAAUACCGAGAUGAUCCGGAUAUGCAAGAUCUCAUUGACGGAAUACAAGAACUGAUGGACUGCUGUGGUGUGAGUAAUACACCAACCGGGUACCAGGAUUGGAAUGAGAAUAUUUACUUUAACUGUUCCGUCGUUAAUCCUAGCCACGAGAGGUGUUCAGUGCCGUUUUCAUGCUGUAUCUUAAACCCAGGGGACAAGAUCAACAUCCUUUGUGGUAAUGGUGCUCUAGAAAGGACGACAGCGGAGGCCGAGACGGUGAUCCACCCAGAGGGUUGUCUAUACAAAUUGGGAAUAUGGAUAGAGCGGAACUCUCUGAUCGUUGGGGGCAGUACACUAGGCAUAUUCAUACCUCAGGUUAUCGCAAUCUGCUUUGCAAAACAAUUGAAGGACCAAAUAAAAGCACAGAUUGCUAAAUGGGUGUUUGACAGAACGUGACGUCAUACCGAUAGUUUGACUAUAUUUAAAAACAUGUAAUCUUCUUAAUACA